AUGUACAGGGCUGCGGCCCUGAGAGCACCUGGCAUUCCCGUGAAGGACCGGGUGAAGGUCUCUCAGAACUGGAAGCACGGCCGCUGUCGCAGGGAGACGCUGCUGAAAUGGAAACGCAACUUGAUGCCCUGGAUGCAGCUGGAUGGCGAGUGUCUGUACCUGUCCCAGGCGGAGGACAUCAGGGCCUACCGGCUUCGCCCCGACAGGGCAGGCAUACAGCGCCACCCCCACGCCAUCUUCUCCGGCCACCAGGAGGAUGUGUGCCGUUUUGUUCUUGCCGACUCGCACAUUGUCAGCGGAGGCGGGGAUGGCAAUAUCAUCCUCCAUGAGAUGCACGGCUCCUACAGCGUCAAGUUCUCGGCACAUGAGCAGGAGGUGAACUGCGUGGAUUUCCGAGGGGGCAUCAUUGUGAGCGGGUCACGGGACAGGUCAGCCAAGGUUUGGUCCCUGUCGCCAAGCAGAGCUGGCCAGUGCUUGCACACGAUACAGACAGAGGACCGGGUCUGGUCCAUCGCCAUUAGUCCAUUGUUAAGACCCUCUUUGAGCCUUAUUCUCUCCCUGCUGGAUAAGAAUAACUCCUUGAGACUCCAUCCGGGAGCGGCUGGGAUGCUCUCAGGCACAGGAGCGGAGUCGAGCCCUCUGACUCCAACUGACUGCAUGUUUCCCCCGCAGACCUGGCGUUAG